AUGCUGGAGUCCAUUCGCGUGACGGAGAAGCUGCACUGGCCUGAGCAGGAGCUGGCCAAGAAGUCCGUGCUGAACGCCGAGGAGGCCGCGGCCCCCGACCGCCGCCGGAGCGCCUCCCAGCUGCCGCCCGGGGUGCUGAAGGACAUCUUCACCACCGGGACCAGCAGCUACAACGUCCUCCUCCAGAGCAGAGAGGAGAAGAGGCAUCAGCCCCAAAGGCGAUCUUCGUCCGCCCAGCCCAAGAGAUGCAGGAAGCCCAGCAAGUCUCCCAGCUCGCCGCACAGCAAAGAGCUCCGCAAGGCAAAGGCCCCGGCGCCCGGGCUGACCAGAGGCGCCUGGUGCUGCCUCGACCGGCAGCCUGCCGCCCUCCUCACGGGCGCCCUGUCCAGCCCUGCGGCCUUUACGCCCAGCAUCUCUGUGACCGGGAACAGCAUAGCCCUGACGCCCAAAUCCAAGCGCAAGGUCAGGCGGCGCCAUUUCUCCCCCAAGCCGAAGCCGCAGCCCCCGCCGCAGCUGUGCCGGAGUUUUGAAAAAGACGAUUCUUCCGGGAAGAAGAUUUGUAUUUUGACUGCCAUAAAGCCCACCAACCUGGACAAGGAGAAGCUCAGGUUCUUCAAGUCCGACUACACCUACGACCCGCAGUUUGAGUACGCGAACCCCUCUCUGCCCAGCGUGCUGGCCAAGCACAGCAAUGCGUCCGACCGGUUUCUCAAGCAGGCCAUCAACAUCAUGGAGCUGACUUUACAGAAAUACGGAAGCUACGAGAAGUUUGAGCAGGCCACGGGCGGGAGCCUGCUGUCCAAGACGCGGAUCUGGAGCCACGUCAGGAAGUACAUGAUGAAGGAGGGCUGCCUGGGGGAGAUCGUGGUCCACCUCACCGAGGACCUGCUCUCCCGCGCCUCCAUGACGGUGGUCAACGGCUGCCCCACGCUGACCAUCAAUGUGUCCACUGCACGCGAGCACUGGCUGGAGGGAAUGCUGAGGCACGAAAUCGGCACCCAUUACUUCCGGGGCAUCAACAACCUGCAGCAGCCCUGGGGCAGCUGGACUGGCCGCCGGAAGCUCGAGCUGAAGCCCAACAACCCCACGGAGGAGGGGCUGGCGAGCAUCCACAGCGUGCUGUUCAGGAAGGACCCCUUCCUGUGGCGGGCCGCGCUGCUCUACUACACGGUGUUCCAGGCCAGCCGCCUGUCCUUCUGCGAGCUCUUUGAGGACAUUGGCAAGUUUGUCAAGGACGCCAACACGAGGUGGGACUACUGCGUGCGGGCCAAGAGGGGCUGCACCGACACGGCCCAGCCAGGCUGCUUCAGUAAAGACCAGGUGUACCUGGAUGGUAUCCUGCAGCUGCUGCGACACCGGGACUCCAUCGACUUCCCCCUGCUGACUGCCCUGGGCAAGGUCUCCUACGAAGACGUGGACCGCUUGAAGGAACUGGGCGCCACGGAGAACAUGAGGGUCCCGCAGUUCCUGCUGGACCGGGAGCGGUACAUGGAGCACCUGGAGAAGAUCAUGGAAGUGAACGAGCUGACCGACGACGAGCUCAGAGACCUCAUCCACUAG